AUGGGCGUGAACCAGUCACUGCAAGUGGUGGAAGAGAGUGAAGAAGAGGAAGAAGAACAAGAGGAGGAUGAAGAUGAGAGGAACCUGAACGGGCCCUUGUUGGGCCGGGCCCAAUUGGGGAACCACAUGGUGAAGAAGGUUCUCGAACAGGAGCCGGAGAUGCUGCCGUGCCACGCCUCCGCGUCGCCGCUCUCACCGCAGCUCUCUUCGCUCGGGACUCCGCGCCUCGGCCCCUCGAUCAAGGUCUGGGACCCCUACAACGUCCUCGGGCCGCCGCCGCAGCUGCCGUCGCCACCUGCGCUCUCGCGGAGCUUCUCCGCGAACGGGAUGGUGUCGGAUGAUGAUGCAGUGACUGAGGUUUUCCUGAUCAGCCACGGUGAGUGCGAGUUAAAUUUGACGCCGGAUUUGGUAGGCGGCCGCUGCCCUGCCGCUGCGCUCACUGCGAACGGGAUGCGCCAGGCUAGGGCUCUGGCCGUGUUCCUCAAGUCACAGGGGGUCCGGUUUAGCGCCGUGUAUUCGUCCCCGCUGGAUCGGGCGCGUUCCACGGCGGUGUCAGUGUGUAAGGAAGUCAAUUUUUCAGAGGAACAAAUUCAAUCCUCGGAUGCUCUUGGAGAGAUUAGUCAAGGGAAUUGGGAAGGCUGCCUGCGAUCAGAAAUAUAUACCCCUGACGUUCAGGCCUUAAUUGAAAGGUUUCAGCCAGAUUUUACUGCACCUUCUGGUGAAUCACUUAGACAAGUAGAAUUCCGGAUGAUUAACUUCUUAAAUGGAACAGUCCUGGGAUUACAUGAAAAAUUGAGAUUAGAUUUAUCAUCACAUCCAAAUGACAAUAAUGCAUUUGCACAGCACAACUCCCAUGCUCAUCUGACAAACUCAAUUCACGACCAAGAUGGACCUUCUCUCCCUACAAACCAAUGGGAUUUGCUCAACAGGCAUCGGCCUGCAUUCUCUAGGAAAAAGUCUGGCAAGAGCAGGCUACAAUUUGUGACAACCACUGGUGAUGUAAUUGAAGACGAAAUUUCGUCUGGCAAUGUAAACCACCAAAGUUCCCUGCAUAAUUCUGGCUUCAGCAGCUUUUCACCUACUAUGUCUUGUAUAGGACUGUUUAGUCAUUCUGUGCCAAUUAAGUGUCUCCUGACUGGCCUUCUUGGAUGUGGCCCUCUGAUGUCACAUAAGUUUUGCAUAGAAGACUCAUCGGUAACUGUGUUGCAGCAUUCUCUGAGAACUGGUUGGCAGAUAAAAAGGAUGAAUGAUACGGCACAUCUUCGGCUUCUCUAG